AUGGACUACGACCGUGAACUUGUCCGCCAUAACCACUCUCUCUCGUUCUCAGGAGGCAUCCCAAUGUGGGACUCGUCUGAUCCAGAACGCGCGCCGCCCCCACUCCCCAUGAACCCCGGCGGCCCGGGGUCGCCGAAGCUCACGACGCGCCCCAACACGUCAGCCGCCAUCAUGCAGGUCGCGAAGGCGCUGGAAGAGAAGGCGCGGGAGAGCGCCCCCGCAAGCUCCUACACAGUGAACCCCAUGCCGCUGCAGAGCAAGUCGCCCGAGCGCGCCCUGGUCAAGGGCAACCACCACAAGCGCAUGCAGUCGCUGCAGCCCAACGGCGUCCGCGACCUGCGCAGCUACCUCGAGACACACCGCUCGCCGGAGCGAUCGCCGGAGAGGUCACCAGAGAGGCCGCCCACACGAUCCGCGACCCCACCGCGCGCGACAGAGAGAGACUACUUUGGCAAGGACGCAGGCGUGAGCCCGCUGCAGCUGCACACCCCGACCCCGGCGUCGCGGUACGACCUGAGUAAUACGCCCACACUGCGACCGUCCCACAGAUCCAUCUACGCAGAACACACACCCCCAUCCGCGACCAUGAUGGCGCUCCAGAACAUGUCCAUCCCCGCACACAUCCUCGAUCCUCCGUCGCCCCCCGCCGUCAGCACCCCCUCCCCAUCUCGGUCUCCAGCCCCACCCGCGCAGGCGCAGGCACAGGCUCAGGCACAGGGACAGCCAAUGGACUCCAUCUCCAGCCAGCUCUUCAGCAUCUCAUCGAUCGUGUCGAAUCUGCAAAAGGACAUGUCUCAGCUCAGUCGUCGAAGUAAGGACAACGCUGUCGACCUAAUCAGCCUGAAGGAGGCCACCACCACGCGCGACGAGGACAUUCGCCAGUCGCUCAAGGACCUGCUGCAGACCAUGACACAGAAGCAGCAAGAGGCGGCGGCGGCUGCGGUAGCCAGCACACCGAGCAAACCAGCAGACACGUCCCGUCUGGGCAGUCUGAACCUCGAAGAUCCUCACAUGACGCCCAUCAAGCAGUUCACCUUCCCUCGAAUGACCUCGCCCAGCGGCUGGCCAGACGAGAGGAUAGGUAGUCCAAAUCCAUACUCUGUCGAGGGUGCCGCUAGUGUCGCCAUGCUCGAGAAGAUUAUCCGCGAGAUGGUGACCAAGGACGGCCAGGAGCGCUUGAUUUCGAGCCUUCAGAAGCUCGUUGACCAGGCCACUGGCGACACUGCCAAGAAGGUGUCUGAAUUGGUCGAAUUUGUCAAGCAAGGCUCCAGCCUCCAUCCUCCUGGAUCGGCUUCAUUCCAGCCUUCGCCGGGUGCGGGAGCGCUUACACGAACCAUGUCGGCAGGUUACCCGCUGAAUGGAGCUGAGGCAUACUCGAGCCCCAAGGCUGCCGACUUUGUUGGCGACGAGAUGUUGAAAUUCUUGCGCAAGAUCAAGGAUAGCGUUGCUGAGGCGGGCGGCGUUACCAUGACAACCAAGACACUCGUUCAGGAUCUCCGGGAUGAGGUUCUAGCAAUGGGUCGCGAGCUCGCCCGCAAGAUUGAGGAAUCUGAGCAAGCGAGGGCAGAGGAACCCAUCGACGAUGACGAGGAGGACCAACCCACCCAAGACGUCAGUGUCAUCAUUCAGGAGGAACUUGCAAAUCUCAAGGAGCACAUCGACAAGGCCAUGCGCGAGAGGCGACGCCAGUCUAUGUCAUCAGCCAUCACUCGAAACACUGUCGAUAGUAACGAAGUUUACGAUGUCAUGAAGCAGGCACUGACAGAGCGUGGGGUAGCUCACGAGGCUGCUCCAGGCGCACCUUUGGAUAGGGAAGCCAUCGUCGCCGCUGUUCGCGAAGCAUACGACAGUGUUGAGGUCAAGCCGAAUGUCGAAAAUCAACAGUUCGGCCUUGAACGUGAUGAGAUUCUCCAGUGUCUCCGCGAAGGUCUUCAGGACUACAACGGGUCUGGUGCAGUGACGAAGGAGGAGAUUGAGGAGAUUGUCCACGACUCGUUACAGCAACUGAAGUUGCCUGCACCCAUCAACGAGAUUCACGAGAUCCGAGAGGAAAUUCUCAUGACGGUCCGUGAAUGCUUAGACGAGCUAAAACCUCAACAAGCUUCGUCCGACAGUCUUUCGAGAGAGGUUGUUCUGGAAGUCAUGAAGGAGGCCCUUUCCAAUCAUGAGUUCGGACCGCAGGAACUCGAUAUCCCACCAGAGCCUCUUUUCGAUGCCGUCCGAGCAGGUCUUGAAGCGUGCCAACCCCAGCUUAACGCCCACAACGAAGCCGGUGUACAGCGUCUGCAAGCUCUCAUUGAUGAAAUGCAGGCUGAGUUCAAGGCUUCCUCCUCAACUGCUGGCAAUAGUACGGAGGAAAUCGUCGAGGCACUACGGGAGGGCCUCGACAACCUGCGUACCGAAAUCCAAGGCCUUGCUGACAAACCUAAGGAUGCCAACGAGAACUACGAGGUUAUGGACGGUGUCCGAGUAGAGCUUGAGGAUCUCCACGAGAAGCUAAGUUCGCAGUUCGCCCCAGCUGCCAAGGACAAGGAAGAAAUUCUUUCUGCCAUCAAUGCUGGCUUCGAGGAGAUGAAAUCUCAAGUUGCUCUGCGAGAAGAGAGCCCCGAGUCAAACGACGAGAUCAACGAAGCGAUCAAGCACGAGUUCGAGCAGUUGAAAGAGGUUGUACUUGGGGAUGCGUCGGGUCACAAGAACGACGUCCUCGAGAAACUCCAAGCCGGGCUGGAUGGACUCCAUGUUGCUCUUGGCGAGACUGCAACUUCUACAUCCUCCAAUGAUGAAGUGCUGGCUUGCGUCAAAGAGGAGUUUGAGAGCCUGCGCGAAACUCUUGCAACUACCCUUGCUGCGCCUGGUGGCACUGCUGAUAAGGACGAAAUCAUUGAUACGGUCAAAGGGCUCAUCGAUGAAUUGAGUGCGACUCAGGCAACCGCUUCCAAAGACCACGCCACUACUAUCCAAGGAGAAUUAGAAGCGUUGAAGGAGUCCGUGUGCAAUGCUCUAGUCCCCGCUGGAGACAACGACAAGGCGCAGAUGCUCGAGGCGCUCAAGGCUAGCUUGGAGGAGAUCAAGGCACAUUCGCAGUCAUCCGGCAUGAACGAGGAACUUCUCGAGGCAUUCCGCGGAGAACUCGAACAAAUCCGUCUGUCAGAUGGCAUCACGCGACAGCACGCGCGUGCCGACACUGAAGAAGUCUUGGAAGCUAUCCGGCUUGGUCUCGACGAUUUGCAAUCACACCUGACGAAGAAGCUCGACAAUCCUGAACGCUACAAUUCUGCUACUGGUGAGAUUGUCGAUGCUCUCAACGAUGGACUGGAAGGCAUCCGGACCGACGUUGCCAAGCUGGUUGAGAAGCCAGCCGAUACGACUGUUUCCCACGAGAUUCUAGACACGCUCAAAGAAGGUUUGGCCAGCUUGCGUGCGGACAUUGAAGAACUCAAGUCCCACAGAGGAGUUGCAGAUGCCAACGCCUUGCCUGCUGGAAACGAGCUUGUCCUAGCUGAUGAUGGAGAUGCCGAAGCUGUCAGCCGCGAGAUUGUGGAAGAGUCUGCGGAGCCGGCAGAACCAGCAGAUCCAGAGACUGCGGAGGAGUCAACCAGUCGGGAGAUUGUAGAUGAGCCAGCAAGCCAGGAAGUUGUCGGAGAAUCCUUGCGACGAAACGAUCUGGAAAAGAUGGAGCUCAUUCUGUCUCAAAUCCAGGACAGAGUAGAAGCCAUGGAUGCGAACAUCCAGAAUGUGGCCCCGGCUGCCGAACAUGCUGCAGUUCCUGGAACAGCCAUGAAGGAAGACCUUGGCGCUAUCGAAGAGUUGCUCAAAGACGUUCAGAUUGCAGUCCUCACCCUGCAGGAGCGUGAAACAUCACCGCCCGUCCCUGAAGGCUUCGCGAGAAAGGAGGACACCGACGCCAUCGAGACUCUGCUUGCCAACACCAAGGCCAAGAUUGAGGAACUCGUCCUGCCGGACCCCGCGACCGCUGUCACAAAGGAGAAUCUCGAUGAUGUCGAGUUAGUUGUUCGCACUACAUCAGAAACCUUGGAUGCCCUCGCGAAGAAGAUCGAAGAAGAAGGCGCAACGAAGGCUGAUAUCACGGUAGUCCAGGUGAUCGCCGACGACAUCAAGCUAGCUUUGGAUGAGAUGAAAGCGGCAAAGCCUGAGGAAGCUGAACCUCAUGCAACCAAGGCUGAUAUUGAUGCUGUUACGCUGCUUGUCGACGAUGUCAAAGUCAAGAUCGAUGACUUGAAGCUGCCCAUCCAGGAAGAACUCGCGUCCAAGGCCGAAGUUGAACAGCUUACUGGCCUCCUUCAUGACUUCCGGGACAGCCACGACAAGAUGAAGGAUACUUAUGAAGAGGACAUCAUGAAGACGGCAAAGAACUUUGACGAUCGCAAGCAAGAAGCUGAGGCGAUCGUAGGAACGAUCGUAGAAGUCAAGACAGCUCUGGAUGAGAUGAGGGAGGAGAUCAAGACCAACCUCAUCGAAGGAGCACCGAUCGAGAGCCUGAAGGAGUCGUUCAAGACACUUGAAGAAGUCAUCGGAACAAACAAUGUCACUGCCGACGUCAAAGAACUCAUGGAGACUCUGUCGCGAGAGUUUGAGCGUGCGCACGGAUCGAUUGAAGGCCUGCAGAAUGAUCAUUCAGAAAAAUCAGCCCUUCACCUGGAGAAGCAUGACGAGGUCAAAGAGUCCAUUAUCGCCGGCUUCACCGAGCAGUUGGAGGACAAGUUCAAUGUGCUCAUGGCGAAGUACGAUGACGCUCAACUUCUGGCUGACGAACAGGCACGAGUGAUGAAGGAGAAGGCCGAAGAACAGGAGAAGAUGCUGGAGACCACCAAGACCAUGGCCGACGAGCUCCGCCUGACCAUCGACACACUUGGCGCCUCGAUCACAGGAAUGAACGACAAAUUCGAAGGAGCCACAACAAGCUGGUCGACCGCUUCGGAGACUGUUGUCGGCAAGAUCGACGAGACCGUUGCCAGGAUCGAGGAGCAAAAGGUCGAAGACAGAACAGAGCAUUCGCAGACGCGCGACGAGAUCAAGAACGUCGAGGCCGCCUUCGCGAGUUUGCAGGAGAACAUCACCGAGCACCAUCCCAAGUUCAUGUUGGCGCUCCAAGAGAUCGAAGCCCUGGUCAAAGCACACUACGAGCACGCGCAGAAAACCAAGGAAGAGGCUGAUGAGCACGCUCGAAACUGGAACGAAGAAGCUAAGCUUCGCGCCAUGGAGCUCCAGAACCACUUCGAGAACCUGCCAAAGUUGUUGCCUGCACCAGUGGUUGAGGUCCCAGAGAAGUACGAUGAUGCUCCGGUUCAACUCAAGCUCGACCAACUCCUUGCCAUUGAGCCUGCACCACAGUUUGACGAUGUCUCCAUUCAAGAGAAGCUCGACAAGAUUCUUGCUGUUGAGCCAGUGCCAACGUUUGAUGAUGCGUCCAUUCAAGAAAAGCUUGAUAUGCUACUUGCUAUCGAGCAGCCCAAGUUUGAGGAUGCGCCCAUCCAGGAGAAGCUUGACCUGCUACUCGCUGUCGAACAACCCAAGUUCGAUGAUGCGCCUUUGCAGGAAAAGCUCGAUAUGCUGCUAGCCAUCGAGCCCCAGGCUGUAUACGACGACGUCGUUGUGCAAGAGAAGCUCGACAAGCUGCUUUCUGUCGAGCCUGAGCCGAAGUAUGAUGACGCUUUUGUACAGGAGAAGCUCGACAAGCUACUUGCCGUUGAACCUGAGGCCAAAUACGAUGAUGCUUUCGUGCAAGAGAAACUGGACAAACUACUCGGCCAUGCCGAUGAAGCCGCCCAGGCCGCCCUUCAGCUUGAACAGCUCCACGAAAUCCACGCUCAGGUCAAGGCUACUGCUGUCGAAGUGAGUGACUUCGUCGCCAAACACAACCAAUCGAUCACCGAUGGCAACGAGACCAAAGAACGUGAAGCAGAAGAGCUCGCUCUUCUCGUGGAGCGCAGGACUACUCAGAAGGAGUGCCUCGAGGCCGAUCUCGAGAACUUGAAGUCCGAAAAAGCUGCCCAGAUCGAGCAGUUCGAUGCUGACAUCGACUUCCUCAAGUCCGAGAAGGAGCGAAUCAUGCAAGAGCUGAAAGACGAGAAGGAACUCGUCAUGCAGGAGCUGAAGGAAGAAAAGGAGCGCACGAUGCUUGAACUCAAGGAGGAGAAGGACUCGCUUUUGGCUGUUGUCGCUGCGCUCCAGGGAGAGCGUGAGAACCUUGCCAAUCAGAAAGUGCGUCUGACUGGUGAGGUCUCCUCUCUCCACACUGCACUCGAGAUCAGGCGCGAAGAGCUACACAUGAUGGACGCAAAGGCGGACGCACUUGAACGCCGUAUCCUCAACGGAAUCAUGGACCAUUCUCGCGCCCUCAUGAUCGCCAAGAAUGGAUCGAAGAGUCCUUCCAAGCUGAAGAAGCGCAUGAGUGGUGAUGUUACCGACGAAGCUGGCAGGAUGAUGCCGCCUCCAAGCGCUGCCGCAACCGCACUGUCUUUCGCUUUGAAGCCUCGGCCUGCCGUCCGUCGCAAUGGUGCACCCGCAAAUCCGGCAAACCGACGUAUCCUCUCGCUCAGUCAGAUCAGCGGCAACGCCCCUACCGGUGCCCAGCCUUACCCGACAACCAACACCGCUCUGACCUCCAACAGUGGCUUGAAGCGAAGCCACUCAGUCAAGACCCCGGCUCUGCGCAAGGGAUCUUGGGGUAGUCGCCCAAGCGCCGUGGUCGCAAACAAAGAGAAUGCCCCACUGAAGGAAGAAGACGAGACUGAAGCCGAGCACGCCGCCCCAUCUAUUGCUCCUUCCAUUGCCGAGGAAGACAUACAGAGCGAAUCGGGUACAGAGCGCCGCUAUAGCAUCGGCAGCCGCUCGCAAUACUCGGAGAGCCACCCUGAGGGCGAAACGCCUGGCUGCGAGACACCUGGCUACGAGGAUCAAUCCAGCUUCGGUGGAACAGGCACAGAGUACACCUACGAUACCGGCUCCUACAUGACCGGCACCGACGUCGACCGUCGCACAUCCUACGGUUCUCAAGCUGACAAAGACAUCGACGAGACGUCCAACUACAGCGACGAUGAGAACAACGACGACGAACCUACUGUCAAACUCGACCCGUCUGAGAUAUCCACCCCGACGGCAGACAGCGAUGUCCCCAUGCCAACAGACUCCGACAUCGACCGCGCCGUUGAAGCCGUCAGGGCAGAGAUGGACAUCGCCCCAGACGACUUGGACAUCGAUGCGGAUCUGCCCUCCGCCGAUGGUGAAGAGAGUUCGGAACUCGUGGAUGCGGACUACUUCCGCCGAGCUGCCGAGGAGGAAGAGAGCACCGUUGCGUGA